UUCUCAACCAUUGUUGGUGUGCAAAUUGUGACUACACUGGUAGCUGGGGGUCUCACCUUUCUCAUUGCGGUGGCAAUUGACGGUAUAGGUGCAUCUGAGUGUUGGUACUCAGAAACGUGGCUGAUCUUUGGCCUCUACUUCUGUCCCAUGUUCUUCGCCAUGACUUUGCUACCGGCGGUGUACAUGCAUUGCACCAAGGAGAGGUCCAACAUGUGUCCUGAUGACACUUUAGCCUGCUUCAUGCAUUCGCACUGCCUUAUUUUGGUUGGCAUUUGUCUGACUAUGACUGGGCUCGGCAUACGGUCCGCUUUCUUUCCGAUGAUUGCCAUUUUCUUCUACACAAUGUCGGUCAUAUUGAGUGUUGGAAAUCGGCUUUGGGGAAAGAAAUACUUAUACCUGCCCAUACAUCUUCUAUGCCAACUGGCGCCGUACUGGUUCUAUACUUAUCUCACAUUUACUUUCCUGACAAUAUUCAUACCUAUGCAGGGACGCAAUGGACCGACUAGCAAGCCUGAGUUUCUUAUUGCCGGUUUAUGUUUUAUAAUGGCUAUACAUUUUUCCGGAUUCAUUCUGCCUGUGUUACACAAAUUUCGCAAAUCAAAAACUUUCAUCAGCCUAUUUGGAGUUACUUGCUUAGUCUUCAUUAUGAUCGCUUGUCUACCCGUUGGCUUCCCCUAUAAGAAAGAUGUAGCUGCUCAAAGAGUUUAUGUGUUGCACACCACUCGCACCUUCUACAAUGAGUACGGCUUUGUCUACAGAAACGAAUCCGGUUACUAUAUACAACCAGUCGAUAGACGCAUUAAUACAUUGGAGAAUAUAAUUUUUCAAAAUGCUGAACCGAAAUCUGCGAUUGAGGCAGAUUGCGCUGCGGAAAUAUUUUGCGGACUGCCACUUUACAAUUCGCGUUGGCUGAAUUGGAAAAACUCCUCGCGCUGGAUAUUGGCGUCAAGUCCCAGCUUACCUGUACCAACUCAACUCAAACUAACCUCAAAAGUGUAUAUAACCAAUAGGAGAGUGCGUUAUGGAUUUAGCUUGAAAUCGGCUGAUCGUGUCGUUAUUUAUAUAGACCCUUAUCCGGAUGCGAAAGUGGUUGACUGGACCUUUGACAAGACGCCAUUGAAGAACAAUUACUCAACGCCCUAUUUUAUAUAUCACAUGUACUCCAUGACUGAAAGCCCAUUGCAAUUUUGGAUUGAGGUGGAUCGCGCACGCCGCAGCCAAUGAGAGUGCUGCACUACGUCUUGGUAUAGGCGCCCACUUCCAAUAUCACGAAUCGUACUACACAGAUGAAUUCAAAGCAUUCUUGAAACGAUUUCCCGAAUGGUCAUAUCCAAUACACUGGUCGGCUUCAUUUGAAAGCCGCAUUUUUUAGUAGCUUUUUUUUUUUUACAUAAAUCAUUU